AUGGAUUAUCGAGGGUUAAAUGCAGUGUCGGCUACCAACGCCUAUCAAAUGCCAUUGAUUAAAGACUUGUUGGCAGAAGCUGCCAAGGGGAAAUUUUUUUCUAAGUUGGAUUUACGGGAUGCUUAUUUCUGUGUGUGCAUAAAAGAAGGAGACAAACCGAAAACCACUUUCAACACACCCCUGGGCCAGUUUGAGUACUUAGUGAUGCCCUUCGGUCUUCAAGGGGCUCCGGGAGUGUUCAUGAACUUUAUCAACGAAGUGUUACACAAGCACUUGUUUAAUGGGGUACUUGUUUACUUAGAUGAUAUACUUUUGUACUCCCCCAAUUUGCCCUCCCACGUGAAAUUGGUGAGAGAAGUCCUGAACACGUUGCACAAGCACAAACUGUUUGCUAAGCUGUCUAAAUGCGAAUUCCACAAGACACACAUUGACUUCUUGGGCUACCACAUCUCCAGUGCGGGGUUGGAGAUGGACCCGGGGAAG